CUUUCCCAAUAGUUUUGUACUUUGAAAUCAUAAUUAGUUUCUUAAAUACUUUAUUUACACUUCUCAUCAAUAAUUGUAAACAUCCUCAUGUCUUAAUGUGUUAUUUGUCAUUAGUGUUAACUUAUCUCAAAUGGUCCUGAGACCAUAAUGUGUUUAUUAUUCUCAUGUUUAUCCUAAUAUCCUAAUGAGACUUGUCUCCCUUAUAAGCAGUACUACGUCCCGAAUUAAAUCAGUCUAGUUUGAACCGUCAAACUGUGUUUUACUCCACCCCACAUAACAAUUUUGGCGCAGUCGGUAGGAUACAUUAACCGCGUCACACCGCCGUUAAGCAGACGAGCUCAACGCCUGGGCUAAGGACAAAAUCGCCACCAGCCUAGACGGUGCCUGCAGGGCUUCAAACAGCUCGCCGAACAACGCUCCGUGAUGCAAAUUUGGAUCCCGUUACUGUGGUAAGUGGCCAAACACGUUUGCUCUGUUCCCACAUCCUAUAUCUCCAGGCUACUAUAUAUAUCUUAAAUCCGAAAUCUCUUUAUCUUGUGACAUAUAUAUUUAAUCAAAAAUGUCCCCAAUCACUGAAACUAUGGCCGCGCAAGCAGCAAUUAAAGAUACAAUCAAACUAGAGACAACAUCACCCACUACAUCAAAUGAGGCCAAUUCGGAAACAAUACCUUUAAACACACUCCUCCGGUUAAUACCGGAUUUCGACACAGCACAACCCGCGCAAGUUUAUAGGUUCGUUCGCUCAUGCGACUCCGCUUUUGAAUUGGCAAACGCAUCUCAACAACCAGUGAUCCUCACAUAUACGUUAAAUAGAAUUUCUGGGCAGAAUUCGUCAGAUAUAUUUGCAAAAAGGUACCAAAGUUGGUCAGAGCUGAAAACAUUCCUAAUUCAAAAAUUCUCACAAACGAAAACGUUGACACAUCUUAACUUAGAGCUUCAAUCAUUAUUCCAAAAACCGAAUGAAUCGGUCACCGAUUACUUUCAUAGAGUUGACUUAUGCCGUAAUAAAAUCCUCGACAAAUUAACCGCCGAAGUUUCUGACGCAUCAUUGAUCGGCCGGAAGACCAGCACUGAGGAAACCGCCUUAAGCAUAUUUGUAAAUGGUGUGAGCUCUAAUCUGGGUUCGAUGCUGAGGACAAAAGGUUUCACCACCUUGUCCGAGGCUGGUACAUUCGCGAUUCAAGAAGAAAAGAUUCAAAACAUGAAUCACGCACGUCAGGUCCUAUUUAGAACCCCAGCUUAUAGUAGCACCAUUCGUAGGCCAACGCCACCGAUUAAUCAGACUCAAUCUUCACUUUCAACCGCACAACCAAACACAUUUAGGCCAACAAAAACGUGUAAUUAUUGCAAAAAACCCGGUCACCUGAUUUCUGAAUGCAGAAAGAGAGCUUACAAUAAUAAUAUAAAAAAUCAUAAUAUAGAACGCCCUACUAAUGCCCCUCUUCGCAUCAAUAAUUUAAACUUACAAGCGGCCGAGGAAACGGGCUUUCACUCGGGAACCGCUUCGAUAUAUUGCCCGAAUACCCCGAUGACUUCAUCAAGACAAAACACAGCCCCGGAACUUUACGAAACCAUGCAGAACCUACAACUACAAUAGAUAAAAAUACAUCUAGAUCUUCAAAAUUUCAGCAAUCUCCAAAUACUUUAAAUGCCGAAGUUAUGCGACCGCAAACAAACCCAGUCUAUCGGAGACACCUGCGCGACGCAUCCACACAAACUCCAGAACAAUCUAAUAUCACAGAAAAUCAAAUUCCUAGAUCCACUAAAUCGCUAAAUCAAGUUCCAAAAUCUAAUAUCACAGAAAAUCAAAUUCCUAGAUCCACUAAAUCGCUAAAUCAACCAGAACAAUCUAAUAUCACAGAAAAUCCAUUUCC